AUGCGCCUUCUAGAGCGGGAUAAUACCGGUGAGUUCCACCUGACAAUACCGGACGACGCGGCCAUUCCGCCUUACGCGAUACUUUCACACACAUGGAGAGAAGACGAAGAGGUGCUCCUCAAAGACCUCGCGGACGGCACAGGGAAGAAUAAAGCAGGCUAUGCCAAAAUUCGGUUUUGCGGAGAUCAAGCCUGGCGUGACGGGCUGAAAUACUUCUGGGUCGACACAUGCUGCAUCAACAAGUCCGACGCUGCCGAGCUUCAGCACGCUCAUAACUCCAUGUUCCAGUGCAUUGAAGAACGCAUGUCGUGGGUCAAAACCCGCACCACGACACGCAAAGAAGACAAGGUAUACUCGCUAUUCGGCAUCUUCGAAGUAUGCAUGCCCAUCCUGUACGGGGAAGGAGAAGACAAAGCAUUCAAGCGGCUGCGCGAAGAGAUUAGCAAGGACGAUCGCUACCUGGCCAACCUGCAUUCCACCGAUCCACGUCUUGACAAGAAGCGUAUCGAAGAGGCCAAAGGGGGUUUGCUUGUCAAUGCUUACCGCUAG